AUGGGAGGGACACAACAGAUUGUAUUAUCUGAAAGCGAUGUAUUAAGCAAUUUACGUCGAGUAGACUCAUCCGAAACCCAUGAUGAGCUUGAUUCAGCAUUUGGUAUUUUGGCUUCGGAUAUCAACGUGCAACUCUGUCCGAGGCUUGGAGGUCAUGACCUAGAUUAUAAUGAUCUCAACCACGAACAUAUUCUCAUGGGUAUAAAUCAGGCUGAUUCGAUCUUCGAUGACUUAUACCACAAGUACGAAGUUCAUGCCGAGAAUACUAGAGUAAAGCACUGUGGAACUACUUACUCAGGCAGAGACGCUCGUAGACGUGGCUUUAAUGAAAACUAUAAAGCGCUUGUCGAAAAUAAUUGUGUUUAUAAAGCCGAUGAGUCUUCUUUAAAAGGGGAAGGUUUAGGGUUUCUUCUUCGGGUUAAUCCUGCCGAUUUGUACACGGACCUGCUUGAUGUCCGCUUCGAUCAUUUUCGGAAACUUGAAGGCCUCCUGGAUUCUAGGCCUUUCAAGAACAACUUGGCAUCAUUCAUAUCUGAUACUGAGCUAUCUGGAAGCUACCUUGUUGUGGCAUGCAAUUCGAGUAUCUUGUUCUUUCCAUCCAAUUUGAUCACCCCUCAAGCUCGUCAGCCUGUAUUCCGCUUCGAUAGUAGGCCAUUGCAUACUUCCCCAAGUGACUCGCAGGUGGCGGUGUCUCCGUCAGAUCCUUACUCCAUUAAUUUCUUGACAUCUCGUUCGAGUUGGAUGGGUGAGGGGAUUCUAGCUGCAUGUACUGACGAUGGUCGUAUACUAGUAUGGAAGACAAAGGACCUCUGCAAAAAGAUAGCGCAGAAUGAGUCAGUGCAACGAGGUUACACCUCAUAUUAUGGGUUGCGGGUUCGUGCUGAUAUUGAGUUGAUUGUUGGCUGUUCUUGUUGGUCAGUUGACUUUGGCUCUGUUAUGGAUGACUUUGGGGAAGAGCAUUUCAUAGUAGCGGGAUCUUCAAACUCUCACACAGUCACGUUGUUCUACUACAAUUCAAACACUGGCUCUUUUAGACGUUUUGAUAGCACGUCACUUGAACAUAACAUCCCCGAGGUGUCCAUAAUGAGCUAUGACAUUGUUGAUUCCUUACAUGAAGUCACCAGUGCUUUGCUACGCGGUGAUUCCUUACUAUGCACAGCUUUGACAGACGUGCUUUUCGACUUUGAUGAGGUCAAGAGCCAGCAGAAUCUUUCCUGGAGCGAUAGGAUAUCACUUACAAUCAUUAUUCCCGAACUUCUGGCAUUUAUCAUGGCAACUCAAGCAGGUUUGGUUACAAUUAUGCGUCUUUGUCAGUACAACAAUCAUCAAGCAAUGAGACAGGAGUACAUCAUUCCUAAUUAUCCUUCGUUGAAUAGUCGUGGCGCAACGAUCAUUGGAAUGGCGUCUAAGGACAUUUCUGUUCUGCUCAGUUAUCCUCGCAUUCUUCUUACUAUCAUAUAUGCCGAUGGCGCCAAGGGUGUGUUGAGGGAUGAGCAUAAUAUGGAGGACAUCGAUGAAUUCUUUGCGGAAGCCAAUUCGACUCUGGGCAGCUCGAAUGUCUCAGGGAUACUCGCUCCCUGGACCUCCCUCUCGGGAGGAUCAAAAAUGAAUCCGGGCUCAAGCGUUACUUUUACCGAUAUCAAACUGAAACACUCUAGCAUGAAGAGCAAUGUUCUGGGUAAUGGUCUCGGUGCCAAAGCAAGUGAUGUACCUACAGCAUCAACAUCAACGUCACCAAUGACUCACAUAUACGAAAGUGCUCCAAUCAAUGACGGACUGAAUCUGCCACUUGCCCACACUGAUGAUUUUCAGGAUCUCACAUUCGAAGAUAUUGAGAACAGCAAAUUUUCUACCAGUGAUCAAGAUCUAGGAAACGAUUCUCAAGGAGGGAAGGACGACGAUUCCUCUGGAGACGAGGAUUUUGAGUUCCCAAAUGAUGAAUUUUUGGAUGAUGAACAAACUGGUGUUACUUCCCUGCUACCGUCCCCACCACCAGAGCUGAGAAAGCUCCGUAGAUCCAAACGAACACGAGUGAAACCUCUUGACUACUGGAGAAAUGAAAGGAUAAUUUACUCUCGCGCUGAUGAGGAUUACUCGCAUGAUAAGGAAACAACACUCAUAAACGACUUGAAGAAAAUUCCUCUUCAAGAGAUCGAUCAAAUUAUUCAUGUGGAAGACCCGAUAAAAAAUCAUAAGAAACGGAAGGCAAGUAGGAAGCAUGUCAAAAGGAAGCAAACAGUGACUUCAGAUGGUGAAGAUUAUAACCCAGAAUGGUUUUCGGAAGGGGCCAAGAUGAUAGAUGUCUUCAUGAAAGACGAGUCGGUUGCGAGGCAAGAGGUCGCUUGGGCACCUGAUGGAGUUCCUUUCGAAGAGACCAGGGAGCAAGAAGGUGGGAUGGCUGAACUAUUCCAAGCUGCACCCCUAUAUCGUUCGCCUACCGGUCUGAUAUCUACAGGGUUGAUUGAUAUGCCUUUGAACGGUUUUAAAAGCCUUCGGAGUGCCAACGAUAUGAUUUGUAUAUUUCAUGUCUCGGAAGGACGUAUCGGUUUGUUGUUCUACGUGGCUGCUCAUUUGUGA